UCAGCACUCCAGCAUUGCUGCGCAAGCAGAUGUUGUCUCGCCGAGGCCAAUUAUUACCAUUUCUCGCAUUUUGGCCGCAUCGCUCACUUUCUCGCUCGACCACUGUCAAGUGGGGAGAAAAGUGCGUCCCUUCCCCUCUCUGCAAGUGCGGGGGGAGCGGCUUUUUUUUUUUUUUCUCGGAGUGAAGGAGAUGACAGCGUCAGUUUUGGGACAAAACAAGGCAGAUUUCUGCGGGUGCAUGUACCGCACCUGAGAUUCGUUGUUGCGAGCAACCGGAGACGCGCGAGGAUGGGCGCACAGGACAUGUGCUGAGGGACACACUUCAGCGUCGUCGUAAAAGUGCUUCUUAUCACACCCUUCGGACGUUAUCUCACCUUUUGUCUCUUGUCUUGUCAAACUUGAUUAAAAAAAACACACAAAAAAAAACACGAAUAUGCCCUUUUUUGUGGGCCGCUUUGUCCGUUGUGGACUCAGCGCAAAGCUUCUUGUGCUUUGGCUCAGCUUCACCGGCGUCACCUGCAGCGGUUCUGAGCAUGCUGCCACAGCAACACAACCUGCAGCCUUCUCUGACCUGUUACCUCACUUCUUGGUGGAACCAGAGGACGAGUUCAUCGUGAAGAACAAACCAGUGAUGCUCACCUGCCGUUCUACGCCGGCGACGCAGAUCUACUUCAAGUGCAACGGCGAGUGGGUUCACCAAGAUGACCACUUGAUUGUGCGGACGGUGGAUCCGGCUACAGCUCUGCCUGUCAUGGAAGUGACAAUAGAAAUCACCAGACAGCAGGUGGAGAAGAUCUUCGGCCUCGAUGAGUACUGGUGUCAGUGUGUCGCCUGGAGCACCACAGGAACCCAGAAAAGCCAAAAAGCAUACAUCAGGAUUGCUUACUUGAGAAAGAACUUUGAAGAGGAGCCUCAGGCGAAAGAGGUGGCAUUGGACCAGGAGGUGUCACUGCUCUGCCAUCCCCCCGAGGGAGUGCCACAACCUGAGGUGGAGUGGCAGAGGAACGAGGAUGUCAUCGACCCACAGAGCGACCCCAAUUUUUUCAUCACGGCCGACCAUAAUCUCGUCAUCAAGAAGGCCCGGCUGGCCGACACAGGCAACUACACGUGUGUGGCCAAGAACAUCGUCGCUCGCCGCAAAAGCAACUCUGCCACGGUCUUAAUCUAUGUCAACGGCGGCUGGUCCACGUGGACCACCUGGUCGUCCUGCAGUGCAGUGUGCGGGCGAGGCUGGCAGAAGAGGACUCGGAGCUGCACCAACCCCACGCCACUGAACGGAGGCACGUCCUGUGAGGGGCAAAACGUCCAGAAAAGUGCCUGUGUGGCCACCUGUCCAGUCGAUGGAGGUUGGAGCGAAUGGAGCAAAUGGUCGCCGUGCGGCGCCGACUGCGCGAUGUGGAGGAGCAGGGAGUGCACCCAGCCAUCACCUGGCAUCGGGGGCAAGGACUGCCAGGGGCUCGACCUCCAGUCUCUUAACUGCACCAGCGAGCAGUGCCCACAGACUGUGAGCGGAGCGGAGGACGUGGCGCUCUAUGUGGGCAUGGUGGCGGUCGCUCUGUGUCUGACCCUGCUUCUCAUAAUUGUGGUCCUGGUGUACCGCCGCAGGAAGGCAGGCCUGGAUGCCGACGUGGCCGACUCGUCCAUUCUCACUACUGGCUUCCAGCCGAUGGGCAUCAAGCCCAGCAAGCCAGGUGUGUGGGCACCGCGGCCUCGCAGGGCCCUCACCCACAGCAAGAAUUCUCAUUUGCUCACCAUCCAGCCCGAUCUGACCACCACCACCACCAGUUACCAGGGCACCCUGCGGGCCCGACACGACGCCACCGGCAAGUUUUCCAUGACCAACGGGCCUCUGCUGGACCCGCUUCCCAAGGGUUCGCACACACUCCACAAUGGAAAGCUCAAUUCGGACCCCUCCGACUUUGUGAGCAGGCUGUCCACUCAGAGCUAUUUUAAAACGCUGUCCCGCGACAUGGCCAACACUUCCUACGGGACGUUCAACUUCUUGGGCGGCAGGCUGACCAUACCCAACACUGGAAUCAGUCUGCUGAUUCCUCCUGAGGCCAUCCCCAGAGGCAAGAUCUAUGAGAUUUACCUCACCGUUCAGAAAAAGGAGGAUUUAAGGUUACCCCUGGCUGGCUGCCAGACCCUGCUCAGCCCGGUUGUGAGCUGCGGGCCUCCGGGGGUGGUCCUGAGCCGGCCCGUCAUCCUGAGCAUGGACCAGUGCUCUGACGCAUGCCUCGAUAACUGGGCCGUCCGCCUCAAGAAGCAGACCUACGAGAGCGCUUGGGAGGACGUCCUGCUGAUGGGUGAGGAGCUGGCGUCUGAUCCUUAUUACUGCCAGCUGGAAGCCGAGACGUGCCAGCUAUUUUCCGAGCAGCUGGGCACCUUCGCCCUGGUGGGAGAGUCUCUGCACAUGGGUGCCGCCAAGCGCUUGAGGCUGGUGCUCUUCGCCGACGCCUACUGCUCCACGCUGGAGUACAACAUCAGGGUCUACUGCAUGGACGACACGCAGGACGUCUUCAAGGAGGUUAUGCAGAUGGAGCGGCAGCUCGGGGGUCGGCUGAUUGACGAGCCUCACAUCCUGCUCUUCAAAGACAGCUACCACAACCUGCGCCUGUCCAUCCAUGACAUGCCUCAGGCCCACUGGAGGAGCAAGCUGCUCGCCGGCUACCAGGAGAUCCCAUUCUACCACAUCUGGAACGGUUCCCAACGGUACCUGCACUGCACCUUCACUCUGGAGCGCCUCAGCCUCAGCACCUGCGAGCUCACCUGCCAGCUGUGCGUGUGGCAGGUGGAGGGAGAAGGGCAGAGCUUAAGCCUUGACUUUAACAUCGCCAAGGACACCCGAGCCGUGGACUCCGAGUUCCUGUUAAUGGACACUAACGCCACCGCCCUCGCAGGGCCCAGCGCUUUUCAGAUCCCAUACCUCAUAAGGCAAAAGAUCUGCAGCAGCCUGGACGCCCCGUGUCCCAACGGAGCCGACUGGAGAAUGCUGGCACAAAGACUCAAGCUCGAGAGACACAUGAGCUUCUUUGCGUCCAAAGCGAGCCCAACCUCGGCCAUCCUGGACCUGUGGGAGGCGCAACAUUUCCACAGCGGCAACAUCAACCAGCUGGCCACCGUCAUGGCGGACAUCGGCAAGCAGGAAGCCAUGAUCUUCCUGGUGUCGGACGGCGAGUGCUAACAGGCUGAACUCAGAAGACAAGCGGAGUGGAAGAGUACAAUAGACCUUCGGGGCUGUCUGUUUUUUGUCAAUCAAUGUAGGAGGAUGCAGUUUUAACUCGUUACACUGAGAGAAUCACAUUCAAGCGGCACAGUUGAAAACGCCGCUGCAAAGAUGAUAUGCCCCACCCCCUCCCGCGCCCAAUUUUCCUCAUACAUAAUUCCAGGCCUCAUGCAGCACUUAAUGUAAUCCGAUCAAUAACGGCCAGUCAUUUAAUUCCAUUGAAAACUAACAUCUGGAAAGUCCUUUGAGCUGUCAUUCAAUAUCCUUGAUAUCUAUUUUAAGGUCCAUGUACUCGUAUAUUCUUUGUCCUCCAACUGAGUCCACUAGUAAAACAACUUACAUUUUUUCCCCGCUACUGUUAUUUCUGCACACGAAGACGACAGUUUUGGCAUAGUAGUGAAGCGACAUUUGAGUACGUCUAUGAAAACGCUAGAUGUUAACUAGUUGAAUUUUAUAAUGUACUAGUGCGUGACGAUAUUAGUAGAACGUUUCCCUAACGUGUAUGACAGUAAGGACAAAAACCUGAAGCGGAUAUCAAGGUUAUCAGCUAUUUAAAGCAAGCACUUUGUGCAAUUAGGAUGGAAGGUUCAUCUGAGGACCACAACCCCUACACCCCCCCACCCCCAACACCACACACACACACACACACACACAC